AUGAAUCUUGUUAAACGACGCAUAAAUCGCCGUUCAGGACGAAAUCGAAAGACGACAUCCGAGUCCGGUGUCAGUGAUCUGGAAACGAGCAUGACUGAAUUUCGAUGUACAUGCUGCCCGUACGGAUACCAUUUAGACACGGGCUUUAUGAAGUUUCUUGAUGAUAUGUAUGGACCAGAUGUUUUACGUACGUUGAAGAAAUUCGAUCGGAAACGACACGACGUACGUCGUCGGCUUUUCAAUGAACAACAGCCUAUUCAUACAAAUCCUGUUCCAUCAUCGGUGAGAAAUUCAGCGGCAUAUGACAGUGAAAUUAUUCGCGAGACUAUUCUUGAACUUGAUCGUAUCGUAGAAAAAGAUAUUAAAGAUCUGGAAGCGGAAUGUCAACGAAACAAAACGCAAUCGUUUGCUAAUAAUCAUGCUCAUCAGCAACGAUCACGAUCAAUGGAAUGUCGUCGUCAUUUUCGUCCACCACCACGCCCACCAACAUCGUCCUCAUCCGUUUUAGCGUCACGUACAGCUGAAGAACAUCGAACAUUUGAACAACGAACACAGAUGGAAAGAACAAUUACAACAAGAACACGUUCAGCACCACGUCUCAACGUAAUGACAGGUGACACAAUGAGCGCACUGCGUAAAAUUGAUCUGAGCAAAAGCGGACCGAUAACAACGCUUUAUAAAGUUCCGCCACCUCCAUAUUCUCGAUCGAGUAGUUCAAGUUCAUUAUCGACGGAAACAACUCUUCGAGUCUCAAGUCCUGAACCAGAUCGUCAACCGAAUCAACCGCUGAAACCGCUGUAUAUUACAGAGAUUAUCGUUCCUCCCAAACCAGUUGUGCGCGUUCAAGAAGCAAUCAGAACAACAGUGGUGACCAUCACUGACAAGAGCGAAAUUGAACGACGAAAUCGUGAAAUCGAACGCUUAGAUUUAGAACGUAAAGCUUUACUAACCGAAAAAGAAGUCCUUCUAAGAGAAAUUGAUCGAUAUAAACAUCAACCAAUUCCAAAACUUCCCGAAAAGAAGACGACAUCAAUUACCAUCCAAACAAAUCAUGAACAUAUUCAUAAGACUACCAAAGCAACGCGGGAAGUAGCCAUGCAACAUGUUGUUGAAGAUGAUCAGCCACCCCCAUUACCGCCGAAGCAACGUCAACAACGCGACGUUGCUAUUAAUCAUCGAACAGAAUACGAUGAAGAUGAAGAAAAGCAAAAUGAAAUCGUUCGAAAGAAAUUAGAAGAGAUUAAGAACUUCUAUACUGAACGUAUACAUUUUCUUGAAGACAAAAUACAAGAACAAGAACGAGAUAUCGAACGACUUAGUGAACCAAAACAACUACGACAUGUUAAUACUCAAUGUCAACCAACGAUGCAAGACCGUGCACUUGCAACAGACGCAGUUCGAUCCGUGCGUGAUGUCGCUUUGACUUGUCAACUACAACCAACACUACCAGGCCCUGUUGCACACCGUGAUGUAAGCCUUCAGUGUAAUAAAGAUGACCUUAUUCAGACACGUGAUGUAUGGAUGGAAGCAUUGCCUGAAAUACCUGUUAAACGUGAUGUUUCGAUUGGCGUUUCAUUGAAUGUAACGCCGGAUCGACAUUUUCGCGACGUUGGUACUCAUGUGAAUUUUGAUUACAAACCAGAAAUACGUCAACGUGAUGUAGCAACUAUGUUUGCACCUGAACCGAUCGAAAGAAUCGAUCGAUCCUCGAACACUCAACUUGUUCAAACAAGAGAUUUCGGUGCAUUUGCAGAUACAAUUGAACCACCUAAACCACCUCCGAAACCUGUCACACGUCCGAUGGCCACUGAUACUUUUAAUCUGAUUGCACACAAAGAUGUCGCCUGUGGCUUAAAUGAGGCCAUUCUACAACAAGAUAUAUCAACUGAUACCAAUGCUCUUGUUUCUCUUCACGAUCGUGCCAGUGGACUUGAUAUUCCACCUGAAUUACUUUCACGCCAUGUCUCAACUGAUACACGUACAUUAAUCUCAUUCCGAGAUAAUUUUUCAGCCACAACACCAUUAGUACAAACUGUACAUAUCGAUGCACAAACACAAUCGAUACAUGCUGCGCAACACGAUGCAUCAUCAAAUACUCCAGCUUUAGCUGAACAGUGCCAUACAGGUAUACAAGCUGUACAAGAACCGCCCGUUGUCAAGCAUAGCACCACAUUCACAGAAACUGAAAUCUUUCAUCAAUUAGGUCAUUUACGUCAUAAUCUAUCGAAUACAGAUAUGAAACGAUCGACUGAUCGUGCAAUAUCUACUGAACGCCGGCAAUCACGCGAUCUAGCGAUAAAUACCGAACCGAAGAUAAUGUAUUCGAAAGAUGUUGGUGAUUAUGAUGUACGCGUUGGUGAAGUUAGGCAUGAUGAGUUUACUUGGAAUUCGUUGUAUGGACGUACAGCUACAUUUGAACGUGGAUUUCAAACUGAAUUAGCCGAUACAAAUCGUCGAGUUGGUUAUCUGAGUCCAGAAGAUGAUGUUGAAGAGCAACGACAAGAAGUCGUUACGUUUCGUUUACCAUUAGAAACGCAAACCACUGAGGAAAUUUAUGAAACAACGAUCACAACAGAAACAAUGGAAAGUAACCGGCAAAUCGAAGAAAUUUAUGAAACAAACGUGACCACGGAUAAAACAUUGGAUCGCGUUCAACAACAGCAACGAGCACAUUCACCUGAGGAACUGAUUGAAGAAUCUUAUGAAAUCGUUUCAACCUUGACGAAACCACGUAAUGGAGAUGUGAUCAUCACAACGAACAGUCCUCGAUCAACAUUAGUUGAAAGCCGAACAACAGCAACAGCAGCGGCGGCCGCAAAGGCAUCUAUGAGUGAAGAUGAAAACUCCUAUUGUGAAGAAUGGACGGUUACAGAAUCAAAACGUAAGGAAGGUGGAGAAACAGUUCAAACUACAAUAGACAGAGGGGGUCAUCAUCGCUACAUUCUAACUGGCGAGAAACUAAUUGCUUCACCAAACUACCAACCGCAACGUUCCGGUCACAGUAUUGAAUCUCAAACAACACAUCAAGAAGAAACAGCAACUCGAUUCUCGCCAUCGGUUGUUUGUACAUCGACAUUGUAUGAAACUCGACGUCGCGUUGGUUCGGGCCAUUCAGACGCUCACGGACGUUCAAAUCGAGAUCCACUUCUAAAUGAACCCCUAGUUGAAGAAAAAUACGAAGUAACUGUUUCAUCCAAGUAUGAUGAAUCUGGUUUGAAAGCUAUUUCGCCACAACCGUUAAUUGCACCAUCAAAUGCAAACGAAAGAUUUGAACUGAAUGAAGAAAUUUAUAUUGCCUGCGUUGUCGUCAACGAAUCUCUGUAUGACAGUCAUGUUGAUCGGAAGAAAGCGAAUAACUGUCUUCAAUUGAUUCAACAAGAAUGGUUUCAUUUAUGCAGUGUAAAAGAAGUGAAUCUUCUUUUAAUUGAAGCCUUUUUGAAUAGUAUUAAAAAUAAUUUUUCCAAUUUUCUACUUGAAAAAAUCGUAAAUUUACAAGAUGGAAAUGGCAAUACAGCUCUUCAUUAUUCAGUUACGAAUAACCAUUGGCAAGUCGUCAGAAUGUUACUCGACACCAAAGUUUGUGAUGUAUGUCAACAGAACAAUGCUGGUUAUACUGCUGUGAUGAUGGCUGCGGUUAUCGAUAUCACCAAUGAUGAUCAACGGCAAAUCGUUCGUCGACUAUUCCGUGAAUCGGGAAAUGUUAACGUUAAAGCUAAAGAUAAUCAACAAACCGCAUUGAUGUUAGCUGUGAAACACGGAAAGGCUGAUUUAGUAGAAUUGCUGAUACGUAAUGGUGCAGGAGUCAAUUUACAAGAUGCCGAUGGUUCUACAGCAUUGAUGUAUGCUGUUGAACACGGCUCUCUGAAUAUUGUGAAACUGUUACUAGCGCAACCAGAAUGUAACGUUAACAUUACCGAUAAAAGUGGUCAAACAGCGAUGACAAUUGCAACAAAUAAGAACCGUAAAAAUAUUCUUGUGGAACUAUACGCAAGAGUCAAAGAGCAAAAAGGAAAUCAACCGGUCUACUCCGAACAAUUCCAUUCAAGCGGCGGCUACCGGAGCAACUAUUCAUUCAUUUAG